AUGGCGGCUUGGCAGAGGCAUCUACAGUCAGCUGUUCGUCAGGUUGGGAGAAGAGUGAAGAACAGUAACAUUUCUACGGCCAAUUACUCUUCCACUCGGAAUUUAGAAUACCCUUUCUCGCAAGGUUAUUUGCAGGGUCUUCUGAGACCAACCUACUCCUCAGCACCACUGCAUCGUUAUCUACAACAAGUGGGGAUUUCUACCUCAAGGAAUCUGCAGGCUGGUGAAGAACCCGUGUCAUCACCUUUGUCCUCUCCAGCUUUGUUGGGUAGUGGAAAAGAAGAAGAGCAGAAGAUUAUCCCAAAGCGUAAAAAAGUGCAGGCUGUACUCAAGGACAUAAAGCAGAGUCCUAAGAAGGUCAACCUAGUUGCAGCACUAGUUCGUGGUAUGCGCGUUGAAGAUGCUCUGAUGCAACUGCAGGUCUUAGUUAAACGGGCUUCCCUUACCGUGUACCGGGUUAUCCACGCUGCCCGAGCAAAUGCUUCUCAUAACCAUGGACUUGAUCCUGACCGUCUCAUAAUUGCGGAAGCGUUUGUUGGGAAGGGACUCUUCAAGAAGAGGAUAUCUUACCAUGGAAAAGGAAAAUGCGGGUUGAUGAUAAGACCCGAGUGUCACCUAACAGUCAUAGUUAGAGAGACGACUCCAGAGGAAGAAGCUGAGAUUGCGAGGCUCAAAGCUCAUCGCAGCUUUAAGAAGCUAAGCAAGCGGGAGAAGCGGCUUGCACCACACAAGCUCAUCGAGACAGCUCCAAUCUGGGACCGCAGAGGCACUAAAGCCAGCCAUCGGUCCUCAGAGUUGGUGCCAUCUCACUAG